GAAGUACAAAGCUUUGGUAAAAAUGAAUCCUCUGCACUCUUUGUGUGUUAUGGCCUGUCUUAUGGCCGUGGCUUUGGCUGCGAACAACCAUAAGCAGUCCAACUCGCUGAACAACUACGAGGAUCCCAGCAACUGGGUCAGCCCAAGCGAAAUUGAGCAGCUGCCAAUGCUCAAGGAUGUGACGCUGCGUCGUCUCGAAGGCAUGACCGUUGAUGAGGGCGCCACUUUGCUGGACAAAUUGUACCAUUUGGCGCAAUUCAACCGCAUCUUCAAGCCUGAUUACGUUCCAGAGCCCAGCAAAAUCAAGGGCUACAUUGUUGGCGAGCGCAAACAGAAGAUCGAGUUUAACCUUAACAACUUUGUGCAGACAGUGAAGCGUCAGACGAACUUUGGCAACGAUGAGGUGACCAUUUUCAUCGAGGGUCUGCCCCAGAGCUGGAACCACGUGAACAAGGCCAACCGCAAGCUGGUCCAGGCUUAUGAGCAGCGUUACAACCUGCAGCCCUAUCCCGGCCAGCAAGACAGCUCUGAGCAAAAGACCAGUAGCGAGGAGCAGGGACAACAGCGCCGCAAGCAAAACCAAGAGCAAGAUGACAACAAAACCGGCGAUCUGGUGGUUAUCACAUUGGGCGAUCUUAUCGAAGAUUUUGAGCAGUACGCUACCCUGAAUGUUGAGCGCAUCGGCGAGAUUAUUGGCGAUCUUCUUGUGCAGCUUACUAACGAAGUGAACGUGCCCCAGGAGAUCAUUCAUCUGAUUGGUCAGGGACCCGCUGCCCACGUUGCCGGAGUUGCUGGUCGCCAGUACACACGCCAGACUGGACACAAGCUGCGCCGCAUCACUGGCCUGGACCCCACCAAACUGUACGCAAGGCCGGAGAAAAAGCUGAGCGGUCUGGCUCGCGGUGAUGCCGACUUUGUUGAUGCCAUACACACCUCCGCUUAUGGCAUGGGCACCCAGGAGCGCCUUGCCGAUGUUGACUUCUACCCCAACGGACCAGCAACUGGAGUUCCUGGCGCUGACAACGUUGUGGAGGCAUCUCUACGUGCCACCCGCUACUUUGCUGAGUCUGUUCGCCCUGGCAACGAGCGCAACUUCCCAGCCGUCGCCGCCAGUUCCUACAAGGAGUACAAACAAAACAACGGCUAUGGCAAGCGCGCUUACAUGGGCAUCGCCACCAGCUACGACAUCCGCGGCGACUACAUGCUGCAGGUGAACUCGAAGAGCCCCUUCGGCCGCAACACCCCUGCCCAGACACAGAGUGGAUACCACGCUGUCCAUGAAGCCUGGAGGCAGCAGCAACAAAAGAACUUCGCUUAGGCGGAAUCUGCUUUUGAGCCUUCGAAGCUAAUAUGAAAAAAAAAAAACUAGAAAACAACAAGACGCAUUUCCUUUCAUAUUGA